GAGAACGCCUCCAAGCUGAUCUGCUAAGACUCAUAGCAAGGCCCCACAUGCGGGGUCCUACACUUCCAGACUGCCUUUGUUCUGCCGCCUACAGAUAUCAUUGUCACCCUUCUCGCGCUAGAUCAGCGUGCUGAAGAUAUACCCGCCACACCAAUUUUAAUACCGAGGGAGAAAUGGACAAAGGGACUGACUUAAAGCCUAUAUCGUCUUGGCUUCAACCAUUCAAAAACAAUCGACUUUUCGACCCUCAACACCACAACACACUGCACCAUUGACCAGCAAUGGCGGACAUCAACCAGAUCAUCCAAACCUUCAAAGGCCUUACUGAAGGAGAUCGCGAGACGACCAUGAAAGCACUCUCAACUAUGAUGCGCACCGAAAACCAGCGGCAACCCGCCAAGAAGAAGGUCAACGGGUUUAUGGGUUAUCGUGCAUACUACUCGUGGCUCUUCUCCCAGCUCACGCAGAAAGAGAAGUCGCCUAUCAUGACGAUACUUUGGAAAGAGGACCCGUUCCACAAGGAGUGGGAUUUUAUGUGUGCCGUGUAUUCGGCGAUCCGAGAGUUUCUGUCGGGCGAGAACGUUACGCUGCAGAACUGGAUUCAGUUUGCCAUCAAGCACAUGGGGAUUGUUGUCCGCGAGAGCUACCUGGUGGCCCUAGGUUGGAAACUAAUCCAGCACGACGACGGCACACACAAGCUCGAGCGCACUGCAGUUCGAGGGAUCCAGAGCUGUCACCAGCCGAUGAACGGACUUGGCCUGUUUAUAAACUGCCUUAACGGCGGCCUGCCAGUUACCAACCGGCUUCCGAUCAUUGCAAAACUCACCGCUUUGAGCAACGAUGUUAUCUGCGUCAACACACAGACGGGGCCAGUGGUGAAUCCCCACAACACCAUGGAGGGAUUCUACCAGUUUGCGAAGUAUAACCCACAUAUGGCCAUGUCGGCGCUGUUUCAGGUCACCACGACCCACCCUCUCAUCACCCAGGGUGUCACUGUUCACCAGCUUCCUGACCUUGCGGCAACCGACCCGUUCUUCGCGGUUCAGAACGAGGAUCCUGAGCUCGAUGCGAUGUUGGAUAAGAUCCCCCAGGGCGAAUGCAAUGGGAGCCUCGGCAACCAGACCAAUCCUGGCAACCAGUUCUACACGAUUGACAUGGGGAAUGGUGCGCAUAUUGCUGAUCCAUGAACAACAACUAGGGGGCGGGUCGUGUGGACAACGCCACAAACCAUGAGAAAGCCUUUGACAAGGAGGGCACACCAUAUCAUUGGCUAAUACUACAG